CCAGGCCCCAGGGCGCACGCCGCUGCCUGGCGGGAUGGACAACCCAGGGACCCGGCACUGAGGGAGCGCAAAGGCAAGCGAGCUUGCGGUUCCCCGCAGGAGCCCAACACCAUUCCCGCCGCCACGAUGAUCCCUCCGAGUGGAGCCCGCGAGGACAGCAGGGACGGGCUGACCGGGGAGGCAACCGGCACAGAGCAGCCGCCCUCUCCUGCGUCCACCAGCAGCCUGGAAUCCAAGCUCCAGAAACUAAAACGGUCACUUUCUUUCAAGACCAAGAGCUUGCGGAGCAAAAGCGCUGACGACUUCUUCCCGAGAACCAACAGUGAUGUGAAAUUGCAAGCUGACCUGCUGGCCAAGGCCAGCCCGGGCCCCAGCCCGGGCCCCAGCCCAAUACCCAUCCCUGGAAGCCCUGCAUCCAUGCCCACCAGGGCUGGCCUGCACCCCGGCAGCAGCAACAAGGCCCACACCUUUCAGGAGCAUGUCUUUAAGAAGCCCACCUUCUGUGAUGUCUGCAACCACAUGAUCGUGGGAACACAUGCUAAGCACGGACUGCGCUGUGGGGCCUGUAAGAUGAGCAUCCAUCACAAGUGUGCAGACGGGCUGGCACCCCAGCGGUGCAUGGGCAAGCUGCCAAAGGGAUUUCGGCGUUACUACAGCUCCCCUUUGCUCAUUCAUGAACAGUUUGGAUGCAUUAAAGAAGUUAUGCCCAUUGCUUGUGGCAAUAAGGUGGACCCCGUGUAUGAGGCCCUCCGAUUUGGCACUUCCCUGGCCCAGAGGACGAAGAAGAGCAGCUCAGGCAGUGGUUCUGACUCACCCCCCAGAACCUCGACAUCAGAACUUGUGGAAGUUCCUGAAGAGGCCGAUGGACCAGGAGAUGGAUCUGACCUCAGGACACGCAGCAACAGUGUGUUUACAUUUUUGUUUUGCUCCACGUGGACACUCGAUGGCAGUCACGUCUCCUGUCCAUUUCCUUUCCUUCUUCUCUCAAUGUUGCUGUAUCUUUUUUCUCUUCUCUGGCAGGGACCUCUUUCCAAAGACCCAUUACAGAUGAACACCUACGUUGCCUUGUACAGAUUUGUACCCCAAGAGAAUGAAGACUUGGAAAUGAGGCCAGGAGACAUGAUUACUCUUCUAGAAGACUCCAAUGAAGACUGGUGGAAAGGAAAGAUUCGGGACAGAGUUGGUUUCUUUCCAGCCAACUUCGUUCAGAGAGUAGAGCAGCAUGAGAGGAUUUAUAGGUGUGUUAGAACCUUCAUCGGCUGCAAGGACCAGGGACAGAUAACACUGAAAGAGAACCAGAUCUGUGUGACUUCUGAGGAAGAACAGGACGGCUUCAUCAGAGUCCUCAGCGGGAAGAAGAGAGGCCUCGUCCCACUGGAUGUACUGGCAAACGUGUGACUGUGGCAGUCCCUCCGAGUGCAGGAGGCCAGCUCUGCUGAUCUCACUGUGUCCACCCAGAGGAGCAGCUGCAUUGACAAGUGCCCAGGAAACAGGGAGACUUGAAUAGCUGAGACUGUGGUAGCAAUCUGGAAGCAGACCCACUGCCCAGCACAUCCAGGCUGCCGGAGAGCAGCAUCCCAGAGCUGAGGCCGCUGGGGGUCUAUGCCAGGCUGCCCCAGGACUCAGCUCCCUCCCUGCCCACCUGUUCAAGGCUGGAGUAUGCUCCAGGUCAUGGUGUGGUCCUAGUGAAAAGUUUGGAUCUGAGUAGCCAGGUGUUGCUCUGGUUCCAGAUUAUUGCCCCCAAUGCUGGCCAAUCAACAUGACGACUCCUGUAGAGAAUCAACAAGGCCAACCUCCCAGUUGCCAACAUCCCAGGCCUCACUCCAGCUCCUGCUCAGUCUGUGACUCUGCUGGCAGGAUUGUUCUUUCUUUCUCUUCAGUCCUUGGAGCACAUCCUAGGCAGGGCUGAACUGACUCGGUACCAAGCACAGAGAUCUGACUUACCUACAGAUGCUUGCCGGGGAGUCCUUGCUACUUCAGUGACUCACAAAGGUGACAGAGCCAAGUCAGAGGCCCAGAAAGAAGCAAGCAGCAGUAAGAAGUGGGAGUGAGGACAGGGAAGGAGUCCUUAUGCAUCGGGACUAGACAGCCCUUUGAGAAGGGAUGCUCUUUCCCAAAGCAGGUGGGGCUGGGAACAGGAAGUAGCUGAGAGUCUCCAUUUUCAUUUCAUACCCUCUACAUCAGGAGCAUGACUUCUUCCUUCCCUUGUGCAGCCCGUAGGACUCUGUGGAGGAGGAUGAGUCCACUGUGCAGGGGACCAGGGACAGGGGAGCACCUGAGAAAAACAUCCUAGAAUAAAUGUAGCCAACUUAGAAUCCAUUCUUCUCUAGGACAGCAUUUCCAGCUCCGGCAGGUGUGAAGUGGAAAUGAACCUGUGAUGCUUCAUCUCUCUACACACAGAGGGAGCUGGAGCUUAGCUCACAUCACCUAGGGAAAUUGCUCUCUACCUGUACCAAUGUUUACAAGAACAUACACACUGCGAUGCCUUCCUCCCAAGCCCGGUCCCAGCUCUCAGACUCGCUUCCUAGCAGUCACUGACGUGUCUCAAUGUGAUUCACAGUGACUUUGAAAUUAAUGUUGCUUUGAUUUAUUUUGCCACUGAGCAAUAAAAUCAUUAGAAUCA